UGACCUGUACCUGCCUACUGUCUAUACCUCGUACCCGCAAACCUCAUCCUUUAUCCUUAUUUAUCUUUUGUUUAUAUUUUUUUUAUACAAGUAUUGCUUACACUCAUGCUUCCGGAUUAUUACACAAGAUAAAUGGAAAUAUAUAAAUUUAUGUCGGUCAACUUAUUUUUUAUAUCUAAAAGUAAAUUAUCAAAAAAUGGAGCAAUAAAAAUAAAAAAUUUUUGGGUACAAAUUUUAUAGAACUAAAUUAGUCAAUAAACAGCGAGGAAGAUAAAAAUAGUUAUAAAAAAGACAUAUAAUAAUGACUGUUGGUGGAAAGAUACUGAUAACUUCAAAGCGUACUUUCUUAGCUGAUGAUUCAACAACAGACUUACUUCCAUUGAGAAAACCAAUCAAAGGAUGUUACUGCGUUUACAAUUAUAAUAAAAAUUCAAAAAAUAAACAAAGAUCACAACCAACAUGCACUACUGCAAGCGACUCAGAUUUUUGGCCAUGCAGUUACUGCAAGAGCAACUUUGAUAUUAAACUCACCGAUUUGUCAACUGAAAAUCAAUUACCCGGAGCACCGACAUUUAGUAGCGAUACGUUUAGAAAAAUAAGCAAGAUAAAUUACACUCCAACGUCGGAAUUUCUUGGAAAUGUUAAACGAAAAACAUCUAGACAAAAUUCUCAAGUGUCUGUAUUGACUUUCGAGCCACAAUCUUCAAUACAAGACUUAUCAAAGAAAUCUACGGCAGAUAGUCAAUUAAAUGAGCCCCGAAAAUUGGGAUCUGAAUUAAAAUUAGCUAAAAGUUACGAAUCUAUUGUGUCAGAAAAAAAUAUUACACCAGAAAUUCAGACUAUUUUUACCUCAACAGCGUCUUAUAAAAAUUCAUCUAGUUCUUUGACUGAUAAUAAAUUAAAAAAAUCAAUAAGUUUGUCAUCAGAUUUAAAUACUCGAGAAAAAGAAAAAUUUGUAAAAAAUUUACCGCGAAUUGUUGUACAAAAUAAUUGCCGUUGUAGAAAUUGUUUGAUAAAAGAUGUAAAGGCUAAAAAUUUAACGAGUCGCAAGCAAGUAUGCGCUAAAUGCGGAUGUAAACGAUUAUCAUUACUGUCAAGUGAUAAAAUUGAUUCGGAAAUUGAUAAGGAAACACGAGAACUUGGAGAUUUUCGUGACAAGAAUUAUUUCGACACACAUGGCUCGAGUCGUACGCUUUUAUCAACUCCAUUAACUCCACCAGAAAUACUCAAGCAGCAUCAACUCAACGAUAGGCUGUUUCCCGAGCCAGUUGAUGAAGAUAAUUUGGUAGUAUCUAUUCCACUCUUAAGUGAUGAUCAGCUUAAAAAAAUCAUUCAUUACUUUCCGCGAGAUAUUAUAACUCAGUAUUGUAAAAAUAAGGCUGACACGAAUGAGAAGAAAAAGAAGAUCCAGCGAAAGUGUCCGCUCACUGGUCAUCUCAUUAAUUUGUAUAAGUUCAAUCAUAUUAAGAAACCUCAGUCGUAUAUUAUUAGUAAUAAUAAUAUUAAUAGUCUUGCAUUAAAUUUUCAGAAAAAAAUAACUUGAUAAUUAUGGUAUAAAUUAUAAUGUAAUGAGAAUAUUAUUGAUAAACGCUUUUUAGUUGUUUUAUAAAGAAUUCCAGUUAAAGAUUUUAUUUAAAGCAUUUAUAUAGAUAAAUGUGAUGUGUGGUGCAAUAAUCGUGUACUUGACAUUGGAGAAAAUGUAUAUGUAAUAAAAUUUUAUAAGACUCGUUUGACCAUGUAA